GUCGAAAAAACGACUGACUACCCUUCGGCUGAGUACUCCCUGGUGGAGGAUGUAGCCCUCCACUUCACGUGUUUGAUGGACAGACUGAACGAGCAGCGCCUCUUUCAGCCGGACCUGUGCGACGUGGACAUCGUGCUGGUGCAGCACAAGAGCAUCUUCCCAGCGCACAAGGGGGUCCUGGCAGCCUACAGCCAGUUCUUCCACUCCCUCUUCACCCAGAACAAGCAGCUGCAGCGUGUGGAGCUCUCUCUGGAGGCUCUCACCUCACAGGGCCUCCAGCAGAUCCUCAACUUCAUCUACACCUCCAAGCUCCUCGUCAACUCCUGCAAUGUGCAGGAUGUGCUGAACGCAGCCGCUGUGCUGCAGAUGAACAACAUUGCCUCCUCCUGCCAGGACCUCCUCGACACCCGCUCGCUCAGCCUGGCCACUGACAUGGCCCUGCCUGCUGAGGGCUGCGCCGGACCCCCACCCUACUACUGCGAGAUCAAGCAGGAGGUGGAUGCCCCCCAUCCCAAGAUCUACGCCCGGGAGGGCAACGACCCCUAUUCAGUACGGGUGGAAGAUGGCACGGGUGGUGGUACGCUUCCCCCUGGUCCAGCCAAGCAGUACUACAAGGAGGAGAAGGAUGGUGGUCCAGGCGCUGUAUGUAAGAUGGAGGGUGAGGAGUCCGAGGAGGACCUGGACAGCCAGGGCUCAUACAACCGGGAGCAGAUCAUCGUGGAGGUGAACCUCAACAACCAGACCCUCAAUGUCUCCAAGGGCACGGAGGGGAAGGGAGCUGCCAGUGAGGCAGCUGUGAUGGGGCGGCCUGAUGGUGAUGGGCGUGACACAGAGGAGGAUGGGGAGGAGGAGAAUGAGGAAGGGGAGGAGGAGGAGGAAGAGGAGGAGGAUGCGGAGGUGGGCGAGGAGGAGGAGGAGGAGCACAGUGAGGAGGAAGACCUGGAGGACACAACGGAAGAAGAGGAUGACGACGACGAUGAUGAAGACACAUCAGAAGUGAAAAGGGAAAAGGGUGGGCAGCCCCGCAGAGGGAGCCGGGCCUCCAAAGCCACCAAACCUGCCAUGGCAACAAGGUCCCAGGAGAUGGCCAAGGUGGAAGAGGAGGAGGAGGAGGAGGAGGAAGAAGGCCAACGAGGGAGGAAGAGGAAAAAGGAACAGGAUGGUUUGGGCCAGAAGGUGAAGCUGGAGGAGAAGCAGCACUACCCAUGCAAGAAGUGCCCCCGGGUCUUCAACAACCGCUGGUACCUGGAGAAGCACAUGAACGUCACGCACAGCCGCAUGCAGAUCUGCGACAAGUGUGGUAAACGCUUCCUGCUCGAGAGCGAGCUGCUGCUGCACCACCAGACCGACUGCGAGAAGAACAUCCAGUGUGUGACGUGCGGGAAGGGGUUCAAGAAACUCUGGUCCCUCCAUGAGCACAACAAGAUCGUCCACGGCUAUGCCGAGAAGAAGUUCUCCUGCGAGAUCUGCGAGAAGAAGUUCUACACCAUGGCCCAUGUGCGCAAACACAUGGUUGCUCACACCAAGGACAUGCCAUUCACCUGCGAGACCUGUGGGAAGUCCUUCAAGCGCAGCAUGUCCCUCAAGGUCCAUUCGCUCCAGCACUCUGGGGAGAAGCCUUUUAAAUGCGAAAACUGCAAUGAGCGCUUCCAGUACAAGUACCAGCUGCGUUCUCACAUGAGCAUCCACAUCGGCCACAAGCAGUUCAUGUGCCAGUGGUGCGGCAAGGACUUCAACAUGAAGCAGUACUUCGAUGAGCACAUGAAAACGCACACAG